UCCUGUCUCACACACACCGGAGCGGACGGCUUGUAAAGUUGCGGCUCAGCUGAAUGCCAAACUGAGAAAACACAACGAGGUUUUCACUACAGGACGGAUUUACCUUUUCAUUUGACUACGCCUCAAAGGAAAUAAGAGAGCGCCGGACAAUCUGGAUUAACUCACACUAUUGCCUCUAAAUGGACUCACUCGGACUGAUACGACCGAGGACGAUCUUUGACGAGAAAAGGACGCACUUCUCAUCAUAAAUAUGAUUAUUGUGUUUGUUUGAAACGCCACCAGCUUGGGAAAUUUGAGUGAGGAUGACCGCCCUCAUGAGGAAGGUGCAGCAGGUGCUGUGCGUCCUGCUGCCGUGUGCUCUCCAACUCUGCAGCGCGCAGACACAAGGAGUGGCCGUUUGUUACGGCACACAGAACGCUCUGAGCACAAGGGGAAAUUCAGACAUCCAGUACAACAUGAUGAAGGACAAGUACACCGGCUGUGAGAUUGUGAUGGGAAACCUUGAGAUUACCAUGAUGGAUCACACCAGAGACUUCUCCUUCCUGCAGUCUAUCAGGGAGGUGACAGGCUACAUCCUGUUCGCCCUCAACAAGUUCAGCCGCCUUCCUCUGGACCAACUGCGCGUCAUCAGAGGCACCACACUGUACGAGAACCAGUACGCUUUAGCCGUGAUGAUCAACUACCAGAAGGACGGGCAGCAUGGCCUGCAAGAGCUGGGCCUGACACACCUUACAGAGAUACUGGAGGGAGGAGUCCAGAUCAUCCAGAAUAAGUACCUGAGCUACGCUCCCCAGGUGAACUGGCUGGACAUAGUGAAGGAUGGAACAGCUCAUAUUAUGAUUGAGGACAAUGGCCCUGAAAAGCCUUGUAAUGAAGCAUGUGACGCUCAGUGUUGGGGUCCGGGAAAGGACACAUGCCAAAUCUUGACAAAGACUGUGUGCGCCCCGCAGUGUAACGGCCGAUGCUUUGGUAGAAGCCCAAGCGAGUGUUGCCACAUUGAGUGCGCUGGAGGCUGCACUGGACCCCUGGACACAGACUGCUUUGCUUGUAGAAACUUCAACAACUCGGGCUCCUGUGUGCCUCUGUGUCCCCAGACCCUCAUCCACAACAAGCACACAUUAGAACUGGAGCCCAACCCCAAUGCCAAGUACCAGUAUGGCUCCAUCUGUGUGGCCCAGUGCCCCUCCAAUUUUCUGGUGGAUGGCAGCUCAUGUGUCAGCACUUGCCCGUCUGAUAAAAUGGAGGUGGAGAAAAAUGGAUUGAAACAAUGUGAACCGUGUGGAGGCCUCUGUCCAAAAGUGGCCGUUUGUUACGGCACACAGAACGCCCUGAGCACGACGGGAAAUUCAGAUAUCCAGUACAACCUGAUGAAGGACAUGUACACCGGCUGUGAGAUUGUGAUGGGAAACCUUGAGAUUACCAUGAUGGAUCACACCAGAGACUUCUCCUUCCUGCAGUCUAUCAGGGAGGUGACAGGCUACAUCCUGUUCGCCCUCAACAGGUUCAGCCGCCUUCCUCUGGACCAACUACGCGUCAUCAGAGGCACCACACUGUACGAGAACCAGUAUGCUUUGGCCGUGAUGAUCAACUACCUGAAGGACGGGCAGCAUGGCCUGCAAGAGCUGGGCCUGACACACCUUACAGAGAUACUGGAGGGAGGAGUCCAGAUCAUCCAGAAUAAGUACCUGAGCUACGCUCCCCAGGUGAACUGGCUGGACAUAGUGAAGGAUGGAACAGCUCAUAUUAUGAUUGAGGACAAUGGCCCUGAAAAGCCUUGUAACGAAGCAUGUGACGCUCAGUGUUGGGGUCCGGGAAAUGACACAUGCCAAAUCUUGACAAAGACUGUGUGCGCCCCGCAGUGUAACGGCCGAUGCUUUGGUAGAAGCCCAAGCGAGUGUUGCCACAUUGAGUGCGCUGGAGGCUGCACUGGACCCCUGGACACAGACUGCUUUGCUUGUAGAAACUUCAACAACUCGGGCUCCUGUGUGCCUCUGUGUCCCCAGACCCUCAUCUACAACAAGCACACAUUCAAACUGGAGCCCAACCCCAAUGCCAAGUACCAGUAUGGCUCCAUCUGUGUGGCCCAGUGUCCCACCAAUUUUCUGGUGGAUGGCAGCUCAUGUGUCAGCACUUGCCCGUCUGAUAAAAUGGAGGUGGAGAAAAAUGGAUUGAAACAAUGUGAACCGUGUGGAGGCCUCUGUCCAAAAGCUUGCCUCGGCACAGGGAGUCCAACCAGACAGACUGUCGAUGCUUUUAACAUCGACAGUUUCAUAAACUGCACUAAGAUCCAGGGCAGUCUGCACUUCCUGGUGACUGGGAUCAAUGGUGAUGAUUACAACAAUGUGCCACCCCUCAAUCCAGAGAAACUGAAAAUCUUCAACACUGUGAAGGAGAUUACAGACAUCCUCAGUAUCCAGUCAUGGCCUAAAAACAUGUCUGACCUGUCCGUCUUCUCCAACCUCCAAACAAUUCAGGGCAGGACACUUUACAAAGGAGUGAGCACAAGAAGGGGCUACUCUCUCCUGGUGAUGAGGAUCUCCUCUUUGACCUCCCUGCGGUUACGCUCGCUGCAAAAAAUAAACGACGGUGGCAUCUACAUCACGGGUAACAAGAAGCUCUGCUACCAUGACACUGUCAACUGGACGCGUAUCUUGAGCAGCAGCUCCCGCCAGCAGCGACGCGACAUUAAGGACAACAGACCAAGAAAUAAGUGUGUUAAUGACGGCCAUGUGUGUGACCCCCUGUGCUCUUCUGAUGGCUGCUGGGGUGCGGGGCCAAACCAGUGUGUGUCUUGUAAGAAAUACAGCAGAGGAGGAACUUGCGUGCCAGACUGCAUGUUCUUAACCGGGGUGAGGCGGGAGUUUGCUUCUCCUUCAGGGGAGUGUAUGCCAUGCCACCCUGAGUGUAAGGUCCAGGCGGGGAAGGAGACUUGCACAGGCCCAGGAGCAGAUCAGUGUGUAGCAUGCGCCAGCCUGCAGGAUGGCCCACACUGUGUGUCUUCAUGUCCUGAGGGUGUGAUGGGAGGGGAGGAGGUCAUCUUUAAAUACCCCAACAAACAAGGCCGCUGUGAACCGUGCCACGUCAACUGUACCCAAGGGUGCUUCGGGCCAGGAAUUGGAGACUGUGUGGGGUCAUCCCGGUACAUUUCUGGACAAGCGACCACAGCCAUCGUACUGGGAGUGAUUGCCGUUCUCUUCGUUUCAUUCUCUGUUUUUGUGCUGACUGUUCUGUACCGCCGAGGUCUUGCCAUUCGCCGAAAGCGAGCUAUGAGGAGAUACAUGGAGAGCGGAGAGAGCUUUGAGCCUCUGGAUCCUGGAGAGAAAGGGGCUAAAGUCCAUGCUAGGAUCCUGAAGCCCACAGAGCUGCGUAAGAUCAAGCUGCUGGGUAACGGAGUGUUUGGAUCAGUCUAUAAGGGCAUUUGGAUUCCUGAGGGCGAUACAGUGAAGCUUCCAGUGGCCAUAAAGGUGAUUCAAGAUCGCUCUGGACGGCAGACCUUCAAUGAAAUGACAGAUCACAUGGUGACGAUGGGAAGCUUGGACCACAUGAAUGUUGUCAGGACCCUGGGUAUCUGUCCUGGUGACAGCCUGCAGCUCGUCACUCAGCUCAACAGUCAGGGAUCUCUGCUGGAGCACGUCAGGAACUGCAAGAACAAACUCAGCCCGCAGAGGUUGCUCAACUGGUGUGUUCAAAUUGCAAAGGGUAUGUAUUACCUGGAGGAGAACAGGGUGGUCCACAGGAACCUGGCUGCCAGAAAUGUGCUCCUGAAGAAUAACUACACCGCCCAAAUCUCUGACUACGGCAUCGCAGACCUGCUUUACCCUGAUGACAAGAAGUACUUUUACAAUGAGCUCAAGGCACCAAUCAAAUGGAUGGCUUUAGAGAGCAUCUUGUUUCGCAGAUACACACAUCAGAGCGAUGUCUGGAGUUAUGGUGUGACAGUAUGGGAGAUGAUGUCCUAUGGGGUAGAGCCAUAUACUACAAUGAGUCCACAGGAAGUUCCUGAUCUACUGGAAAAGGGCGAGCGUCUGUCCCAGCCUGCUAUUUGCACCAUUGAUGUCUACAUGGUCAUGGUCAAAUGUUGGAUGAUUGAUGAGAAUGUCCGUCCAACAUUCAAAGAGCUCGCAAAUGAAUUUACCAGAAUGGCCAGAGACCCUCCUCGCUACCUGGUGAUCAAAGAGGACUGCAGCCAACAGGACACAGCCCCUGAUGAACUUGCCCAGCGGAGUGCAGACCUGGAUGAACUGGAUGAUCUAGACAUGGAGAUGGUGGACCAGGAGGGGGAGGGGGUGGUAGAUGGUCUGACUCCAGCUCCCCACUAUCUGUCUCAGUCCAGGAGCCUCAGCCGCCUCUCAAGGCUGGACACUCACAGAGUGGUUCUUACUACAUCAAACCUGGCUGGAUACCUGCCUAUGACCCCAGGUGUUGACAACCCAGGACAGGCCAUGUGGCAGUCCCGCUCUCGUCUAAACUCAGCCCGCACUGUGUCUGAAAGCUCAGAGGGCUGCGGCACGACUGUUGAGCUGGAGAUGAGUGAGGACUUUUCUCUGACAGGGAGCCUGAAGAGACGACGUCAUCGCGAGGACAGCGCUUACUUGUCGCAGAGGGACAGCAUGUCUGGCGGGCCACCAGAGACUCCAUCACCAGAGAUGGAGGAAGAAGACCAGAAUGGAUAUGUGCUUCCUGGAGACAGCCCAGAAAGAGAUACCCUACUCUCCACAUCUCGAGCCACUGCUGGCAGGAUGGGCAAGUCUCAUUCAUCGGGCCUGUUGGACGACCCAGAUGAUGAAGAAUAUGAGUAUAUGAACAAGCAAGUUUCGCCGAGGCACAACAGCCACUGGCUGAAACCGAACAAGAAGCGCACCUCCUCCGUAUCGUCACAAGUGACGGCAUGCUCAAGUGUUUCCACGCCAUCCGUGGAGGUCAGGGGAGGUCACACGAGGAGCGAUCACAACUCCGACUCCGAGCAGCAAGGAUCUAAUGAAGUCGAGUAUGAAUACAUGGACAUCAGGGGUAGUGAAAAAGAUGAAAGCCCUCCAGCGCAUGACCCUCCUCCUCCUCCUUCUCCUCCUCCUCCUCUGACACCAGCAAGGAUGGGCAAAGAGGCGCAGGAUGAGGAGCGGGAGGAAGAGGAGGAUGAUGAAUAUGUGGAGGACAGUAACUAUCAUUACACAAACAGACAGCCGAAGCUGCGACAGGCUCUUCAAGACAGGAAGGAGUUGACGAUACAAGGAAGGGACGAGGGGGAGGCGUAUGAGUACGAGGACAUGGACUGCUUUGCUACUCUGCGGCCUGAUAACACAGUGGUGUACCAGAACGUGCAGAGGGAAAGGGAGGGAGCCGUAGGGGGCUCGAAGGCACGUCGGUCUGGGUUUGAACCCUAUGUCAAAGUGCAAGCUGGAGUCGGAGUUGGAGAACCGGCAGCUGGUGACAGAUCUUUUGACAAUCCAGACUACUGGCACAGCAGGAUGUUCCUGAAGCCCAACGCAGUGCCUACAUGAAGAACAUUUUAAAUCUCAUCCCUCUGAGACGUAUUCAUGAAGGACCCGAAAUCAAAAGCCAUAUCAAUAAUGUAGCCUAUGACACAAUUUCAAAACUCUCUCACAGCUUUGCUGUCUGUUACAGGCUGACAUGUCUUGUAUUUAGGCCUGUGAUUCAGGGCAUUUUCCGAAAACACUAAUAGCAAUCAACAGAUUACAAGCUAUAUAUUUUUUCUGUUUACAUUUUGAAAUGAACAAAGCUUGUUUCAAAGAACAACAAAGUUUGGACUUCUGAGACCUCUUUUAAUGAUGAUAUAUGAAAUACAUUUUCUACUCAAUAAAAAUAUUGUGAAUAGCUAUUUUGAAGCACCAACAUUUUUUAUUUUAACAGACUGCGUUACCACGUGUGUAAAACGUUACACAGUUGGGUUUAUCGAGGAACAUGGAAAUUAAUAUUGACCAAAAUACAUAUGAACAUUUAGUGGUCAUAGUACAAUUUCCUCUUGCGAUCAAUAAAUCUAUUUCCAGAGCUUUCAGCCACAUCUCAUGGCCUUCAUCAGGGAAUGAAUUUGUUUUAUGUUUGUUCAGUUUUUUUGUGACCUCAGAAAAUAAAAUAGGUGAUUUAA